AUGACCACAGCAGACAUAAAAGUGUCGUAUAAAAUGGAAUCUACAAGAGAUCAACUGGAAAUCAUCAACAAAUACUUUAUGAUUUCGAAAUAUAGCGAUCUUUUAUCUGGAGACAACACUCAGAAUGUACUUACUGACCCGGAUCCUCUUGAGCCAGAAGUAGGGAUAACCACUAUAUUCAAAGAAGAAUGGAACGAAGAAGAAAGUAUCGCAACUGAGAAAAGAAAGGUUAAAACACAAGAACGACUGAAUAGAGGCGCAGAUGAUAAGGGAAGUGAUAACAUCUGUGCAAUAUGUUCGAGAAGAUACGUUUUUAAGCACUGGCUGGAGGUGCACAUUCGCAAGAAACAUCUCAUUCGUACCGAGAAGGAGAAAGAGAAGAAGUAUGCUUGUUCAAAGUGUCCAAAGCACUUCGUCAACAAGACCAGAUUAAAAUUUCAUGAAAUCACUCAUGUUCCAAAAAUUGAGAGAUGUAUAAUUCCAUGUCCGCAGUGUGAUAAGAAACUGAGCAGCCAAAAUGGUUUGCGCAUUCAUCUAAAAAACAUCCACAGUGGCGAAAAGCCCUUCAUCUGCGAAGAAUGCGGCAAAGCCUUCGUCUCCGCAGGUGCACUUAAGGAACACAAGAUCAGCCACAGUGAGGAGCGUUCUUUUCAGUGUUCAGUCUGCAUGAAGAGAUUCAAGAACCAGCCGCAGUUGAACAGACAUGAGGAGAGACACAAAGACAAUGUUUACGAGUGCCCGCAUUGCGAUGUGAAGAGAAACACUAAAGCCAGCAUAAAACUGCAUAUGGUCAUCCAUUCGGACUUCAAAAAAUAUAAAUGCAACUACUGCGGUAUAGAAUUCAAGCGGCUCAAGAGUUUGAAAGAUCACUUGAUUAUUCACGCCGGCUUGCGACCAUACGAGUGCCAGUUCUGCGAGAGGACCUUUGCAAAUGCGUCCAAUUGCUUGAAACAUAAGAAAAAUUCUCACCCAGUCGAGUUAGCGGCUUUUAAGGCUUCUGGAACAGCAACUAAAGCUUCCGUUGUGCUUCCAAAACUCGAACAUUUACAGCCAAAAAUUGCUGGACAGUCUCAAAUCCUGCCAUCGGAACGUCUGAAAUAA